GGGUGCAAUCAUAGCCGACGGCGCACGCACACAAGUUCGAGGAGUAUCUCUGACGUGUCCCAAAAGGACGGAACCACUUCUGCGACUCACGUUCGGUCUCGAUCUACGUUCUCAAAUUGAAAAGAGCUAGUGAUCGGUGAAAACCCGUGCAAGCGCGAGACUCGACACAAUCCACGAGAAGGGCCGACACCUCCACGAUGGCGACCACUCUGAGGAAUUUCCUCAAUACCUGCGGGAACAGCCUGGAUGCACCACUGAGGCAGCACCUGAAGAACGUUUAUGCCUGCCUCGCCAUGUCCACCUUGACCUUUGCGGCAGGAGCUUAUGUUCAUCUGUACACGGAAAUUCUCAAGGGAGGACUGCUGAUGAGCCUCGGAGCCUUGGGGCUCCUCAUCGCGCUGUUCGGCACUCAAGAUGACGGGAAGAAUCGGAUGCGUAGGCUCUCCUACCUCCUAGGAUUUUCUUUCCUCUCCGGUCUGGGAAUGGGCCCCACGCUCGAGGUAGUCAUGAGCAUCGAUCCCAGCAUAGUGAUGACGGCAGUGUUGGGCACGGCUGUCAUCUUCGUGUCGUUCAGCCUCUCCGCGCUUUUUGCAAAACGUGGUCAGUGGCUCUACCUGGGUGGUGCCCUGAUGGGCACGCUGAACUUCUUGCUCCUUCUGUCGAUCCUCAACUUCUUCUUCCGUUCGAGCCUGAUCUACCAGGCACAUCUGUACCUGGGCUUCUUCCUGAUGUGCGGGUUCAUAAUCUACGACACGCAGCUCAUCGUCGAGAAACACGCGAUGGGCAGCACGGACUUUAUUCUCCACUCGUUGGAUCUCUUCGCCGAUUUCGUAGGCGUGUUCCGCCACCUGCUCGUCAUUCUCACCCAGAAGACGCAGCAGAACAACCGCAAGGAGUAAACUCGACGAGCGGUCAACGGCGGCGUUCUUUCACGGCAUUCAAUUAUAAAAAAAAAUCCAUAAACUAAAGGUCUUCAUCCGAUCCUAUCCAUGCGUAGUUAAAACGGCGCGUUCGCUGGCAAAAGGGAGAGGAAGGCGAGCACAUCACCGACUCGGAAGGAGGGACGUCGGGCGUCCCACGGAAGAGCGGUGUACUUAUCUCUGGUAAACGGGAAUCGGAGGGGUUAGGACGUAAAUUCUCUUCCUCGCGUCUCCGGGCAGGCGCGCCCAUGGAGAACACUCAUCGGAACCAUAAAAAUCCACUGUACUUGUAUUUUUAUUCGUCAAUAAACGGAGCUCUCCAGUUAA